AUGCCGCACGCGCUCAUGCUCGGUGCCCCAGUUUCCCGCGCGGGACGCGAGGGCGCCCCCUGGAGCAGCCUGGACCACGCGCGCCUGCGCAGUGGGAGCCCCCGCGAGCCGGCUGGCUGGCCGGGACUACAGUUCCCAGCAGGCCCCGCGUGGCGUGCCGAGUUCGAGACCCGGUUUACCUUCCCAGGGGGGCCUCCGGGGUCCCCGUUGCCGCCGGAGGCGGGCAGCGAGGCUCUCGCGGGGACCGCAGUGUUCGACUACGAGGCGGCGGGCGACGAGGAGUUGACCCUGCGGAGGGGCGACCGCGUGCAGGUGCUUUCCCAGGACUGUGCCGUGUCUGGCGACGAGGGCUGGUGGACCGCGGGCCUCCAGCUGCCGCAGGAGAUCCCCUUCCACGAGCUGCAGCUGGAGGAGAUCAUCGGCGUGGGGGGCUUCGGCAAAGUCUACCGGGCCCUGUGGCAAGGCGAGGAGGUGGCCGUCAAGGCCGCCCGCCUGGACCCUGAGCGGGACCCGGCUGUGACAGCAGAGCAGGUGCGCCAGGAGGCCCGGCUCUUCGGAGCGUUGCGGCACCCCAAUAUCAUUGCCCUUCGGGGCGCCUGCCUCAGCCCCCCACACCUCUGCCUGGUCAUGGAAUAUGCCAGAGGGGGCGCACUGAGCAGGGUGCUGGCCGGUCGCCGGGUGCCCCCUCACGUACUCGUCAACUGGGCCGUGCAGGUGGCCCGGGGCAUGAACUACCUUCACAACGAUGCCCCCGUGCCCAUCAUCCACCGGGACCUCAAGUCCAUCAACAUCCUCAUCCUGGAGGCCCUCGCGGACCACAGCCUCACAGACACGGUGCUCAAGAUCACGGACUUCGGCCUUGCCCGCGAGUGGCACAAGACCACCAAGAUGAGCGCCGCGGGCACCUACGCCUGGAUGGCCCCCGAGGUUAUCCGUCUCUCCCUCUUCUCCAAGAGCAGCGACGUCUGGAGCUUCGGGGUGCUGCUCUGGGAGCUGCUGACAGGGGAGGUCCCUUACCAUGAAAUCGAUGCCUUGGCUGUGGCGUAUGGCGUGGCUAUGAACAAGCUGACGCUGCCCAUCCCCUCCACGUGCCCCGAGCCCUUUGCCCGCCUGCUGGAGGAAUGCUGGGACUCCGACCCCCACGGGCGGCCGGACUUCGGCAGCAUCCUGAAGCAGCUUGAAGUCAUUGAGCAGUCAGCCCUAUUCCAGAUGCCCCUGGAGUCCUUCCACUCGCUGCAGGAAGACUGGAAGCUGGAGGUCCAGCACAUGUUCGACGACCUCCGAACCAAAGAGAAGGCGCUCCGGAGCCGAGAGGAGGAGCUGCUGCGGGCGGCGCAGGAGCAGCGCUUCCAGGAGGAGCAGCUGCGGCGGCGGGAGCAGGAGCUGGCCGAGCGCGAGAUGGACAUCGUGGAGCGGGAGCUGCACCUGCUCAUGUGCCAGCUCAGCCAGGAGAAGCCGCGCGUGCGCAAGCGCAAGGGCCACUUCAAGCGCAGCCGCCUGCUCAAGCUGCGCGAAGGCAGCAGCCGAAUCAGCCUGCCCUCCGGCUUUGAGCAUAAGAUCACCGUGCAGGCCUCCCCGACUCUGGAGAAGCGAAAAGGAUCCAAUGGGGCCAGCCCCCCGGCCAGCCCCAGCAUCAUCCCCCGGCUAAGGGCCAUUCGCUUGACUCCCGUGGACCGGGGCGGCGGGACCUGGGGCCGCAGUGGGCCCCCAAAGACGGAAGAGCUGGUUGGAAGCAAGAAGAAGGGCCGGACCUGGGGGCCCAGCUCGACGCUGCAGAAGGAACGGGGCGGCGGAGAGGAGAGGCUGAAGACGUUGGGGGAAGGCAGCAAACAGUGGUCGUCCAGCGCCCCCAACCUGGGCAAGUCCCCCAAACACACACCCAUCGCCCCCGGCUUUGCCAGCCUCAACGAGAUGGGCGAUGACCCGGGGCCAGGCCUAGUGCCCUCGGCCACCCUCGUGUCGCUGUCCUCCGUGUCCGACUGCAACUCCACCCGUUCGCUGCUGCGCUCCGACAGCGAUGAGGCCACGCCAGCUGGGCCCUCCCCACCUCCCUCCCCUCCUGCGCCCACCCCCUCCCUCCACACCAACCCCCUGGUGGACCUGGAGCUGGAGAGCUUCAAGAAGAAUCCCCGCCAGUCACUGACGCCCACCCACGUCACCGCUGCGCGUGCCGUCAGCCGUGGGCACCGCCGGACGCCAUCAGACGGGGCCCUAGGGCAGCGGGGUCCCCCGGAGGCUGCAGGCCCUGGCCCCCGAGAGGCCCUGGAGUUCCCCCGUCUGCCGGACCCCCAGGCCUUGUUCCCAGCCCGCCGGCGGCCCCCUGAGUUCCCUGGCCGCCCCACCACUCUGACCUUUGCCCCACGCCCCCGGCCAGCUGCCAACCGACCCCGCCUGGAUGCCUGGAAACUGGUCUCCUUUGGCCGGACGCUCAGCAUCUCGCCUCCCAGCAGGCCAGACACCCCGGAGAGCCCUGGACCACCCAGGGUGCAGCCCACGCUGCUGGACAUGGACAUGGAGGGGCAGAACCAGGAUAGCACCGUGCCCCUGUGCGGCGCCCGCUGAGCCGCCCGGCAGCCACGAAUGUAGCGCCUCAGGCCCACCCCAGCUACAGGGCAGGGAGGCUCUGGGCUGGACACUUGCUCUAUUUAUUGGGGAAUGGGGGGACACUUAAUUUAUUUCUUUGUAUCUGCCUUGGGGGUCAGGGGGUGAGCAGGGACACUCAGGGACAGGGCAUCAUGGCAAUUUGGCACAAAACGCAGCAUUAAAGGUGACCCCUGCCUCCUAC